AUGGCCGGCCAUGCUAUGGAUAUCCCGCAGAUUAUCCAAUCUGCAAGCAUCAAUCACAAUCCUGACCCAGUUCAUGACAUCAACCCAGCCACGGCAGCUUCAGAGAAACAACCUGUCGUGGUAGGCCCGGACUCCGAAACAGCCAGCAUUGCCUCCGACAUUGUCCAUCCAAGCCGAGUAAUUCGACCAGUCUACCGGCGACAGAAUCUUCCUCCUCUUCCCGAUCUGCGCUUCGAACAGAGCUAUCUGGCCAGCAUUAAGGAUGCCGAUACCUGGGGACGAGUGGCAUGGAUUACCACUAGGGAUCAGGUACUUCUCCCUCUGAUCCAAGGAACCGUCUGGACACUCGCACUCUCGGGCUGGCGUUUCUGGAACCGCAAUGCCUCAGUCAGCGGGCACACCCUCGGCAGUCGGGUUCGCAGAUGGUGGUACGAAGUGAACAACUGGCAUCUACCGCAAAUUGGCUCAGCCAGGGAUCCUAAACUGGCGUCGCAGGUUGAAGAUGCUCUGACUGAGGUCAGCUAUGCGCUGGAUGCGACCUAUUAG